AUGUCUGAACAUGAAAGUGAUUCAUCAGAUGAUGAGGCACGUAUUAAUCAAGUAACAAAAGCGAAGAAACCUAAGAAAAAUGUGACUUAUCAACGUGUUGCUCGUCCAUCGACAUAUGAUGAUGAUGAUGACGAUGAUAAUGAUGAAGAUGAUUUUAAUAGACAACUUCGUUUAGAACAAACAAAAAAAUUACAAAAUCAAGCAGCAAAAAUAAAAACAAAAACUGAUCCUGAUGGAACUGUUUAUGAAUGGGAUCCAGCUGUUAAAGGAUGGUUUCCAAAAGUAUCUGAAGAAUUUCUAGUAGAACAUCAUAUGAAUUAUGGUCUAGAAUCUUCAUCUGGUAUACGAUAUGAUGUUCAUCAUCAAACGUAUAUACAAGAACGUGAUGGAAUGUCAUAUAAAUUAGAUAAAGAAACCCAACAAUGGGUACCAUUACAAUCAUAUACUGAUGAAAAAAAUAAUAUAAAAUAUACAUUUUCAAAAAAACAUAAUACAUGGAUACCAGAUGUUAGUACUUAUUCAACAAAUGAUGAAGAAGGAAAACCACAAACAUAUGUUUGGGUAAAAGAUCAACUUAAUUGGGCACUUUUAUCAACUGUUGAUAAUUAUACAGAUCAUGUGACAGGUAUUAAAUAUAGAUGGAAUAAUCAAACAAAUAGUUGGGAUAAUGAAGGAACUGAACCUAUUGAAGAUGAUACAGACAUGUCAACAGAACAAAAAACAAUAGCAGCAACAACAGCUAAAUCAUUACAAAUUCAAAAUGAAAAAAAGAAACCAGCUGAAGGUUGGUUUGAUUUACCUGAUGAAAAAAAUUGUAAUGUUUAUGUAACUGGCCUACCAUUUGAUAUAACCGAUGAAGAAUUUGAAGAACUUAUGUCAAAAUAUGGCAUUAUUUCACCUGAUCCUAAUGAUACACGAAAGAAAAAAAUACGUGUAUACAGAGAUGAACAAGGAAAUCCAAAGGGUGAUGGAAGAUGCCGAUAUUUACGACCUGAAUCUGUAAAAUUAUGUAUUGAUAUGCUUGAUGAAAGUGAUUUUCGUUCAUCGAAACUUCAUGUUGAACGUGCAAAAUUUGAAGUUAAAGGAACAUUUAAUCCUGAAUUAAAACGUAAAAGAAAAAAAGUUGAUAAAAAAACCAAACAACUACAAGUAGAUAGAUUACUUAAUUGGGAAGAACGUCCAGAAGUCAUUCGACAUAAAUAUGAACGAAUUAUUGUUAUGAAAAAUAUGUUUGAUUUACAACAAUUUAAAAUUGAUCCUUUAUUUAUUGAUAAACUACGAACUCGUAUUCAAGAAUCUUGUAGUCAAUAUGGAGAAGUCAAAAAAAUAAAUAUUUAUGAUUCAAAUCCAGAUGGUGCUGUAACUGUUGGUUUUGCUGAUAUUGAUCAAGCAGAUGCAUGCUGUCAAUAUAUGAACGAUAGAAUUUGGCAUGGAAGAAUUAUACAAUGUCAUAUUUGGGAUGGUUCAACGAAAUAUAAUGUUGAAGCAUCAACAGAAGAAGAAAAAGCAAGACUUAAUGAAUGGCAUAAAUAUUUGAACGAUAAUGAUGAAGAAGAAACAUAA